UGGCUGAAGGUGCGGGAGGAGUUGAGAUUAGUCUUCUUCAUUGGCUCAAUUUCUUGCGAAAUUUUUGCUCUUGUUUCUCUCCUUCUCUCCAUUUCUAUUUACUGAGCAAAAAUGUUUAUUGAGAAUUUUAAGGUUGAGAGUCCUAAUGUGAAGUACACAGAGACUGAGAUUCACUCUGUGUACAACUAUGAGACCACAGAACUUGUUCAUGAGAACAAGAAUGGCUCAUAUCAAUGGACUGUCAAACCCAAAACUGUCAAAUACGAAUUCAAAACAGACACCACUGUCCCUAAAUUAGGGGUUAUGCUUGUGGGAUGGGGAGGAAACAACGGCUCAACCCUUACUGCUGGUGUGAUAGCCAACCGAGAAGGAAUCUCUUGGGCAACCAAGGACAAAGUGCAGCAAGCCAACUACUUUGGCUCACUAACUCAGGCAUCAUCAAUUAGAGUUGGGUCUUACAAUGGAGAAGAGAUUUAUGCUCCAUUUAAGUGCCUUCUUCCUAUGGUGAACCCAGAUGAGAUAGUGUUUGGGGGCUGGGACAUAAGUGACAUGAACUUGGCUGAUGCCAUGGCCAGGGCUAAGGUUUUUGACAUUGAUUUGCAAAAGCAGCUAAGACCCUACAUGGAAAAUAUUGUCCCACUCCCUGGAAUCUAUGACCCAGAUUUCAUUGCUGCCAAUCAAGACUCCCGUGCCAACAAUGUUAUCAAAGGCACAAAGAAAGAACAAGUUCAACAAGUCAUCAAAGACAUUAGGGAAUUCAAGGAAAAAACCAAAGUGGACAAGGUAGUUGUGCUGUGGACUGCCAACACAGAAAGAUACAGUAAUGUAAUUGUGGGCUUAAAUGACACUAUUGAGAAUCUUUUUGCUGCUUUGGAGAAAGAUGAAGCAGAGAUUUCACCUUCCACCUUAUAUGCUUUGGCUUGUAUUGAAGAGAACAUUCCUUUCAUCAAUGGAAGCCCACAGAACACUUUUGUUCCAGGACUAAUUGAUUUGGCCAUAAAGAGGAACACUUUGAUUGGUGGAGAUGACUUUAAGAGUGGUCAGACCAAAAUGAAAUCUGUUCUGGUUGAUUUCCUUGUUGGGGCUGGCAUCAAGCCAACAUCAAUUGUGAGCUACAACCAUUUGGGAAACAAUGAUGGCAUGAAUCUCUCAGCACCGCAAACAUUCCGGUCCAAGGAAAUCUCCAAGAGUAAUGUUGUUGAUGACAUGGUUGCAAGCAAUGGUAUCCUCUUUGAGCCCGGCGAGCAUCCUGAUCAUGUUGUGGUGAUUAAGUAUGUGCCAUAUGUUGCAGACAGCAAGAGGGCUAUGGAUGAGUACACAUCUGAGAUAUUCAUGGGUGGGAGAAACACAAUAGUGCUGCACAACACAUGCGAGGAUUCGCUCCUCGCUGCACCCAUCAUCUUAGAUUUGGUCCUCCUGGCUGAACUCAGUACCAGGAUCCAGCUCAAAGCUGAUGAUGAGGGGAAGUUCCAUUCCUUCCACCCAGUGGCUACCAUUCUCAGUUACCUCACCAAGGCCCCUCUUGUUCCACCAGGCACUCCGGUGGUGAAUGCACUGUCGAAGCAGCGGGCAAUGCUUGAGAACAUACUGAGGGCAUGUGUUGGUCUGGCUCCUGAGAACAACAUGAUUUUAGAAUACAAGUGAAGAAAUGUGGGAGCUGACCGCGGAAGAUGAGAGUGGCUGGCGCCAAUUUCUUUGAUCAUGUUUUCCCUUUCUCUUCUGUGGCCAAUGUUUAUAGUUAUCUUAGAGAUGUAAUGCUGGGUGUUGAUUGUUCAUCAGUUUUUUCCAUUUUAUCUUUUCUGGAUGGUGCUUAUAAUUAUGAAUGUAUUAAUUAUAUGGAGCAACCACCUCUUUUGUGUAUUGUGAUGGAAUUUAUAGAUAAUAAAAACAGAAUUGUGUUUCAGCAAAA